AUGAAGACUCUACUUCUCCUUAUCAGUGUUCUUGGACUAGCUGUUGCUUCUCCUUUAUAUCUUAUAGUUCAAAUAGUCCUUAUUGGAUUGAUUACAAAUUUUGGUGUGUAUGAUUCAAGCAGCUCCAGUGAUUCUAGUGAUUCAAGCAGCUCCAGUGAUUCCAGCAGCUCCAGUGACUCCAGUGAUUCAAGCAGCUCCAGUGAUUCCAGUGAUUCCAAAAGUUCUAGUGAUUCCAGUGGCUCAAGCAGCUCCAGUGCCUCUAGUGAGUCAAGCAGCUCCAGUGACUCCAGUGAUUCUAGUGACUCUUCUAGCAGCUCCAGUAGCUCCAGUGAUUCCAGCAAUUCCAACAGCUCCAGCAAUUCAAAUGAUUCCAGUGACUCUAGUGAUUCUGGUGAUUCUUCUGAGUCCAGUAGCUCCAGUGCUUCCAAUAGUUCAAGUGCUUCCAACAGCUCCAGUGCUUCCAAUGGCUCAGAUGAUUCUAAUAGCAGCUCCAGUGAUUCUGGCAAUUCUAGUAAUUCCAGCGGUUCAAAAUAA